AUGGGGGACCAGAGGCUGCCAGAGAACCAUCCUGAUUGGGUACCCAGGUACAGGCAUGUCUUGAAGCACAAGAAGGAGAAACUGAUAUUUCCUCCUUUCAUGGAGGGCCGUCACCACCUGUUUUCUCAUGAAAAACUGGAAGACUUUAAAAGAGACUAUCAGGCAUGUGAAGAGAUACUGUCACAAACCAUCUGGCGGACCUUUUCACCAAGAAUUUCUCACGAAAUACCCAAUACUGUCACCAAUAAGAGCCAGAGAAAGCCACCCCAGGAUUUGGAAUUGUUUUGUUCAAUGUCAGUGGAUCAGCAAGGAAGCAGAAGGACCCAAUACAAGCUGGAUCGUUUGUCUCAGAUGAAAGGUGAUGCUGAAGAACAUUUCAUAGAUUUCUUGAAGAUGCCAAAAUAUGGCUGGAAUCUGCAUAAGUGGCCUCACUUGGAAAAUCAAAGGGAAGCAAAUAAGAAGAGCAAGCAUGGGAAACACCUUCAUAGAAAAUUCAACCUUGGGAAUCCAGAGAAUUUCAGGUCAUGUCAAAGAAAUUUACUUCCUAGAAACACAUCCACAAACAAGAAUUUGCUUGACUCUCUUAAUUAUAGAUACACACAAAGAGGGAGUGAUGGUAUCUAUGAAUGGAAUGAAGCACUGGGAAACUUGGAUGCAUUGCAAGAAUUCGAUAUGGACCAUGCUUACCAAUCAACUUACAAGGACUCUGCAGACAAGAAAAUCUGUCAUCUGCCUUCCAAGCUCAAGUACUUCAGAGGGUUAAGCAAAGAAAAGGACAUCAGAUUCUCCAAACAGGCAUCAAUAUUUGAGAUGAAACACCAAAAUCUACAUGAUCCUUGUAAGUCCACCAAGGAGAAGUUUAAAUAUGGGUCACCAUAUCAGAUACCCAAUCAGUUGAAAGCACUAGCCAGUGAGGAGCCUGUAACUGACCCCAAGAGUUUGCUUCGAUUUCAAGGUAGAAGCUUUUGCAAAGCAAAUGUACUUGAAAACAUCUAUGGAAUAAUUGCCUUUAAGGACUUCAUUAUACGCAAGGGCUAUGAUAUGCCAGGCAUACUCAGGAAGUUUUUUAUGAAGAAAGGAUGGAACUACAACUCUGUUAAUACUCCUCUACCAAGCAUAUUAAAAAAUCAUGAACUGAUAAUGCAAAAAGAGGAUGAUGAAGAUGAUGAG